CCCAUAAUACAUCAAAAUCAAAAAGCAAAAAUAAACAAAAAAUUUAAAAACAGAUCCAAUAUUCCCAAAUCCUUAACUGUCAUUACCUUAUUUCAUCGACCUCCUCACACCUCCCUUUUUUGUAUUCUAGUUGUUAAUUAUCUCAGCAAAUCCUUUCCAUCUUUCCUAAUAUUCUGUCAUUAAAUUACCUUAAUCUAUUUUAACCUUAUAUUACCAUAAAAAACCCUAAAACUUAAAACUUAAAUCUUAUUUAUACCAAUUUCUCAUAACCAUAACAUAUUCUUACAUAAUUCUUUUUAACAUUUCUGCUAAAGCCAAAUAAUUUCAUUCCAACAUUUUUCUAAUACUCAUUAAUUUUACAGAACUUUCCUAAAUAAUUUUUUUUAAAACUUUCUUCCAAUCUUCAUCCAACGUCUCUUCCUCCUGGUCUCGGGUUUUGUCAGUCCUUUCUAUCCCAUCCAUCUAGUUCAUCAACCUGGUAACCUUAUGUCUGAGGCCCUUAAAUCUCUUCCAUGUCCCUUCCGCAGGUCUUCUUCAUAUUUAUACCUGUACUUUACUUUGUCUUCUGCUCCUUUCACUCGUGGAGACUCCAGCCUGACGAUAUUUUUGUCCCUUCUCGACAGAUCAGCCCCUUUUCCAUAGUCAACACUGAACUCCAUGUGGUAUUUAAAAGCAUGUUUCAAGGUCCCUCCAAAGUUAAGGGCCCCCACAACUCCGAACUCCUCCCGGCCCAAAGCCAGACUUGAAAGGUCAAAACAUCCCUGCAUAGGGGGGUCUCAAUUAAAGUGGAUUAAAGCAGUAUGGCUCUCUUGCACACACACAAAAAACACUUCCAAAAUAAAAGCUGACUUCUGGCAAAAAGGAAAAUGAUGCAAAAAUGCAUUAGAAAGUGUGGGGAAGCGUGACUUAUUUUACAUCUGAGUAAGAAAAUAUUUUACUCUGAUAUGGGAAAGUGAAUUACACCCUUAUAAUUGUAUGAUUGUCCAAAGGCAAAUCUGAAAUUAUGGGUGUUAUUGAAAAUCAUUGGGAAGUGUUGUUCUGAUUCAACAUAAAAUCUCAGAGACAAUAUAGUAUUCUUCAACCUUCUCUUGAUCUUUUGCCCUUUUUUUAGUGCAAUCCUCAAAUCAGCAGUGACUGAAAGUUCAUGCGGAGGCCUUGGUUUUGUUUACGCACAAGAAAUGGAAACCAACGCGAGUUAAAAUCUAACUCAAUGUUUGUAUAAAGCUCCGACGUUUAGCCACUGAUGCUUGCUCAGUUAAUCCCACCUAAUGUACCUUUUAAACCUUGUUUAUCACAUCUACCUUAUAUAUUUUUCUCACGUGGAACAUGCUCACGUUUUAAGAAAAAACAGGCCGAACCCUUCAGGGUGCCUCCUGCAGGGAUGGCUGCCAAACUGUAGAUGUGGGGCUCUGGCAAAGGAGAAUUGGACAUCAGUAGCAGAAGGUUAACGAGCCCUGGCCUGUUUGUCUUGCUAAGCCUGGUAAUGCAAGUCCAGGGAAAAUGCCACACCUUCAAAAACAGCCAAUCUGAGGCUAUGGGAGAUCCAGGCAUAACUUGCAGCUGGAAGAGACACGCUAUUCUACACCUGGUGCAUUGGAGAACAAACAGUGACUGGGACCAUUCCUGUAAAUCAUUUGGAAGUAACAGAUAACAAUAUAUCAUUCAUAUAUCUCGGAUAGUUGCUGCAAAUACUUUGUGUGCUAUCUUGUGUUUUCACAGGAUAGUCUUUCCUUUGUGUCUGCUUCGGAGUUGUCCUGGGAAAAUUGGAAACUAUGACAUUUCUUUUAGCUGGAGCCAGCAAGACUGAAAUGAAGAAUUACAAUGGGUAAGUAAUUUACACACCCAGUUUCCAAAUAUUUUCCCCAGGUUUGUCUGUCUGUGUGAGAUACCAGUGUAUCAUGACUGUAAACAGGCAAAGUAUUGUGUUUUGCUGUAUUGUGUAGAUCCAGUCCUUCCACAGCUCUUAUGAGCUACUCCAUACAGAUUAUUCAGACUCAUAGGGCGUUCUUGAAGUGAACAGUUCUUUUGUGCAAUGACUUUUAGCUGUGCAAUGUAAUUCCCCCCUUCCCCUAAAUCUGCUACAGAGAAUGGGAAGGGGGGCAAAGGAGCAGAUUUAUGGAGGGAAUGGUAGAAAAGGAUGGGAAAGUUACAUUGUACAGCUAAAGGUUGGUGCACUAGUGUAACCAUUUAGUUGAAUACCACUCAUUAUUUUUUAAAAAAUUGUUCUGAUGCAUUAGAUUUUGUUUUGAUAACUAAACAUGGACUUGGAUUCCUAUGUAGUCAGCCCUUUCCAUUUGCAAUUAUGAUUGGAGAAAGGAUGCAAUCAAAAGCUCUUGCGUCUUUUGAAUAUCAUUUUAAUUUAAAUGUAGAUUGAAACACAGGCUUUAAUCAAGUUGACGGGGCAAAAAAAAAUAUUACAAUAAUUAUAAAAGAGGAGGUCCAAACUAGGUUCAGUCUAAUAAACAAAACAUAUGAACGUGCUUGCCUUUGCUAAGUUUAGCAGGAAGCAAUGAUUUUAGGAGGAAGGCCUGAAGCAAUAAUUAGCAAUUCAUGAAUGGGUAGAAUGAUCUAUUGAUUGAUUUGCUAUCACAAAUUGAAAGAUUGAAACUAUGUGGUUUAAAUUUAACAUUAAAUUGAUCCUACCCUGUGCGAAGGCUGCCGUGCUGAAAAGAUUACUCAACCAAUGAACAUUCCUUGUUUCAAACAACGGAUGUGAUCCAGAAAUGUACCUACCUAAUCCACAUUUGCUUUCGGGUUUUUGAAGUUGCAUUUCCUCAAGUAGCUCUUCAAACUGAGCCACCUAAAUUAGUUUUUAUUUGGUACUUACUUUUUUGGCAUUUAUUUUUACCCCAAAUUUCUUCCAUGAGGUAAUCUCAAGGUAACCCUCAAGAAUCUUAUGCAUAUUCCACCUCCUCUAUAAAAUCCUCUUCUGGAAACCAGGGGGGCACUGAGAAAGGAACAUAUUGUUUAAGGUGCAUGUGUUGUUGCUUUAGUGUGCAUGUAACAUAUCUGUACAUUUGGGGUCAUGGGCCCAAGCCUGAGAUUAGACAGGUACUCUCCUUGCUGAGCAUGACUAAGGGGCUUGUCCACACUGGAUCAUGACAACCUCCCCAUCCCAGACCCUCCAAGUGUCCCUAUUUUCCAGGGGCAUCCCUGAUUUUGAGAAGCCGUCCCAGUUUCUGAUUUGAUCCCGGAAUGUCCCACUUUUCCUUAGAAUGUCCCUUUUUUCAUGUUGGAGGGUAUGGAGCUAUUCGACUCCCCAGCCGUCUGAAGGAAUCCUGUAUAGGGAAGUUGUUGUUUUUAAUGUUUCAUGUUUUAUUAUUAUUAUAUAUAUGUUAGAAGCUGCUCAGAAUAGCUGAGGCAACCCAGUAAGAUGUAUGGGGUAUAAAUAGUAAAAUUAUCAUUAUGGAAUGGGAUGUCCCUAUUUUCAUUGGAGAAAUGUUGGAGGGUAUGCCAUCCCAAUGUUGUCCUGGACCUUUCCCCCUUAAAUGCAAGGUUUCUCAAUCCAGGCCAAGGAUUGAAAACUCCCACAUUUAAAGAGGGAAAGAUCUGGGACAAUACUGGAAUGGGGAGAAUGUUGUGGGGAUGCCCCUGUUUUAUUGCAGGGUCAGACCAGUGCAAAUCCACAUUUUGCUCUGCCAUGGACACUUUUUUGCCAUGGACACUUUUUUGUUCCAUCAGGCAUUUUAAGAUAGUGUUUGGUUUUAUAAUUAAUUUUUAUUGUUUCAUUUGUGGUAUGGUUUAUUUUAAUGCACACUGCUUAGAAAUGCCAUUGAUUAAGUAAUCUAUAAAUGUCUUCAAUAAAGCACGUGGACAACAAAAAAAAACCCUCCUUGUGCUCUUUUGCCAAGGAGAAUAAUAUUCUUUACCUACCAAUUAUUCAAAUACAACCUCAAAUCUACUUCCAGUAUUAAAAUGUUGUAAUAUUAAAUUUGUUCAUGAUCUGGCUAAAGUAAAGAACAUAAAUUUAAGUGGAAGAGGUUUAAAAACACAUGUUUUAACUCUCUGAAAUCAAUAGGAUGUGAAAGUGGUUAACUUUGCUGGAUAGUGACAAAUCAGUUGCUUGGUUGAAAGGAAGCUGAUUAAUUAAACUACAAAUCUUAAACUAAUUGGCAACCCUAAUAUAAUAUAUGCAUCUUUUAGAAUUUAGAGUAAUGCAGUGGAGAUAACCUUAAGUAUUUGGGUCUCAGUCCAACACAUUUAUGCACCUUGGCUUGUGCUAUCCACUUUGGAGUAAUUUAUACUUUUGAUUAUCCUAAAGCUGUGAGCUAACUGAGAUUGCAGUCUCAUAUACACACUUACCUGGGAGUAGCUUUCACUGAUUUUAAUGAGACUUACGUCCGAGUAGAAAUAUAUAGGAUUGUGCUUAAGUCCCUCCCAUCAUUAUACUCUGCAAUGUCAGGUUUAUUAUUUGAAGAUUGAUUCUUGGUACAACAACAGCAAAUGAAAGAUAAACACAAUCUUAAAAUGCUUAAAAGAACCCUGUGGAAAUAAAUUUGCAAAAAUGGAGCUGGGUGAGGAGAGCCAAAACAUGUGAAAUAUGCAGUGUUCAAUGAGCUCCAGUACGUACUACAAGCAUUACAAAAUUUCAUCAGCUUAGAACAGGCAUAGGCAAACUCCGGCCCUCCAGAUGUUUUGGACUACAAUUCUCAUCAUCUCUGACCACUGGUUCUGUUAGCUAGGGAUAAUGGGAAUUGUAGUCCCAAACAUCUGGAGGGCAGGAGUUUGCCUAUGCCUGGAUUAGAAUGUAAGACAAACUCUGCAGGAUCUGACCUUUCGAGCUCAGCAUCCCAUCUCCCACUGUGACCAACCAAUGGGAAACCCACAAACAAGUCACGGGGAGGGCGGUAGCAAGAAGUGACUCAACCAAUGGGCUGGAGCCACAACACUAGCUCCAUACCAGCUGCUGCCUUCUGGGAAAGUGUGUCCGUGCCCCCGUGCACAGCUCCAACUUCCCUGCUACCUCAUCUCUACCCCCCGCUGGCAAGUGGCAGCAACACUGCUGCUAGAAAGCUAGAAUUGUGACUCCACUCCUCCAAGCUGGUAUUCAGAGAUAUAGGGAUCCUGUCAAUGAAGUUGGCAUAUAGUCAUCAUGAUUUGUAACCACUGAUAGCCUAUGUAAAUUUGUCUGACCCCCCUUUUAAAGCUAUCUAAGUUGGUGGAUAUCACCUCACCUUGCGGUAGCAAGUUCCAGAGCUUAACUAUACUCUGUAUUAAAAAGGAAGUGCUUGAUUCUGCUUCUCCUGAAUCACCCAUCAUUCAGCUUCAUUGUAGGACCCCCAGGACUCUAGUAUUAUGAGAGAUGAAGGGGGCGGGAAAGCUUAUUUCUAUUUCCCCCACACCACAUCUAAUUCUAUAAACGUCUGUCAUGGCCUCCUUCCCUCAAACUUUGCACUUGCUUGCUUUGGACCCCACUUGCCAUUUUUGGAAACAAGUGGUGCAACAGUAGAUAUGCAAAGUCCGCCUGCUGAAUUAUUUGGAAACAAGAAGCUUGUGGGGGGAAGGCAGCUGCAGAAGGACCCAAGAGAGGCAGCAGAAAGUUCUGGCAGCAAAACAGAGACAGGUGCUGGCAUGGCAGCCAAACCAGAAUGAAUCACAAGGGCCAGAAGAGCUGGGAGGGAAAGGCUGGUGUUUGUGGGUGGAUUUAGGGUCAACAGUACAAAUGCCUCUUGAACAAACAGACUAUGGAAACAAUGGAAUCCCAGCUAACAAUCUUUUACCUCCUACUUUGCCAUUCACUGGUAUGUUUUCAGCCUAUUUGUUUCCUGUUGUCUGAUGCCACUUGGUUUGUUUUAUGUGAUCAGCUUGCUUCUGUCAGUUCCAACGGAAUAUUUUCCUUUUUGCGUAAGCUCCUCAAAGCAAGGACCUGCCGCUUGCACUCUGUAUGACACCAUGCACACUGAGAGUGGUAUACACAUAUGGAUAAAUAAAUGAAUAAACAAAUAAAUAAAUCUUAUUUGACCUGUCACCAAGGUUCUCUCCUCCUUUUCUUGCCAUUCUCAUUGUGACAGUAAAACUCCAUCCCUUCUGUUUUUAUUCUCUCUGGAUCCAUCACCUCUCUCCUUUCUGUUUCUCCCUUCUUCCCGUUUCCUAGCCUAUACUCACAUGUGCACCCUCUCUCAAACACCUAACAAUGACACCUUUCUCCUUCCACCUUCUCAGCCAAAUAUUCACCCCAUUUCUCCUUUUCCAAAACAUCUGCACCUUCCAUUCCAGUUCUGCUUUGCCAGACAGCUUACCGGUAUUUCCUGGGGGCUGGAAUGAAAAUUCCCCAGCCUUUCAAGAGGCUACAUUACAAUGGCGGGUAGGGCAAAAAUGGUUGAGGCAAAACACCCACCCUCAAAAAAAUAAAAUGCACCCCACCUCUUGUACCAGACACAUAUCACUCUCUCCCUGUCCCCCUGCCCACACACACACCAGGCGAGGAAGCAGCCAGGCAGGCUCACACACAAAUCAGCAUUUCCACUUUUCUCCACUCCAGCACUGAGGUGUGGGUGGUUGGAAAUAUGCCUCUGCCUGAUCUUUAGAGAGGCUUUCUAAAAAGCAGGCAGAGGGAUUUUACCUCCCCAGCUCAGUGCUAAGCACCACAGUUCUGAGAUCAGAGACAAACGAGAAAGAACAGGCAGAGAGCUUACCUCCUAUGUUAGCACUGUGGGCUUCUCUCUUAUCUUAAUGCUGUGGUGUUUAGAUUGGAGAUAAGCGAUCCCUUUAACUACCUUACGUGUAAGGUGGUUAGAAUCAUAGAAUCAUAGAGUUGGAAGAGACCACAAGGGCCAUCGAGUCCAACCCCCUGCCAAGCAGGAAACACCAUCAGAGCACUCCUGACAUAUGGUUGUCAAGCCUCUGCUUAAAGACCUCCAAAGAAAGAGACUCCACCACACUCCUUGGCAGCAAAUUCCACUGUCGAACAGCUCUUACUGUCAGGAAGUUCUUCCUAAUGUUUAGGUGGAAUCUUCUUUCUUGUAGUUUGGAUCCAUUGCUCCGUGUCCGCUUCUCUGGAGCAGCAGAAAACAACCUUUCUCCCUCCUCUAUGUGACAUCCUUUAUAUAUUUGAACAUGGCUAUCAUAUCACCCCUUAACCUCCUCUUCUCCAGGCUAAACAUGCCCAGCUCCCUUAGCCGUUCCUCAUAAGGCAUCGUUUCCAGGCCUUUGACCAUUUUGGUUGCCCUCCUCUGGACAUGUUCCAGUUUGUCAGUGUCCUUCUUGAAGUGUGGUGCCCAGAACUGGACACAGUACUCCAGGUGAGGUCUGACCAGAGCAGAAUACAGUGGCACUUUGUCGGCAGGUAGACAUGGUUUGCCCCAAACAGCCUGGUGGACCAAAUGGGGAAACCUGGCAGGCUUAAAUAGGCUGCUCUACUCCCAAGUAAGCAUAUUCAGGAUUAGAUUCAAAGCCGUACAUGUACUGAAUAGCUCAAAUGCCACAGUAUGCAAAUGUUUUGAGAGUGGGAAUCGGAACUGGAUUGAUCACAUAAGAAACCCAAAUAUUUACUUAAGACAAUAAUAUCUUUAGGAUUGCCAGUGAAACAGCAGGAGGUCCAAAAGGGGACACCCCAAGGGCCUUUCAUGCCAAGGGAUUCCCAACACCCUCUGCAAUAUGAUUAAGAUCCCAAAGGUGCAAAUAACUUUCCAUCCAGCCAUUUGAGGCAAGCCCUGGUGUUAUUAGGAGCAAUUAAUCUGACAAGGGCGUCCGUAUAUUUAAAGGUCAAGUGAAAGCCUCAUUUCAGUGAACAGAUUAAACCAGUGAUGCGCUGCUCACUUGAAGAGCUCUCCUCCACUGUGAUAGCUAAUCCAUGACUACCAUUUUUUUUUAAAAAAAACCCAAGCUAUUCAUUUGCAGCUGCCACUAAAUAUUAUAUAUAGCUCAACAGAACCUUCAUAUGCAGAGAAAGUCUGCCAUUGGAUCCAAGUUGCUGGCUGACAACAGCAGAGGAGGACUUCCAUGCUCAGCUUGUGGGCUUAUGUUGGCCAGAUGUGGGAAAUAGGAUAUAGAGCCAUGGUCUGAUCCAGCAGGGCUCUCCUUAGGUUCUUAUGAGAUAAUUUUGGAAUACUACAGGAAAGGCACUACCACAGAGAACUUCCAUUUUAUGGAAUUAAGGAAAUCAAAGACACAACGUUAAGGAGGCUGGGCGGGUGACCCAGACACCCCAGAUCUCCCUCUCUGCCAGUGAAGCAGGAAGUCCAGCCAUGGAGUCACAUGCAACAAAGUUGUCCUGUUAGCACAAGGGCUUCUGCUUACACAAUGGAACUUGCUCUUUCUCACUGGUUGCAGCUUUUAGUGAAUGAACUCUCAGUAGUGCAACAUCAUGUCAUGUGUUAUACAGUACUAGGUGCUACAAGGGAAGAGGAAGAUAGGGGCAAGUGUUUUUAGCAGCCUCCAUAAAUCCUCCAUAUUAUGUAGUUCUGGCCAGAUACUUUCAUAGAGUGGGAACUUCUUUAUAAUAGGGGCUCUAUUUUCAAAAAACAGUUGAAACUAUUGGAUAGUAUCCAACAGAAUAGUUCCCCUUAUUUUCCUCUCCCUAUAAUCCCCCCCCCCGAACGCCGCUAUGCCUCCCCAAAUCUGCUCCAAAGGGUUGCGGGGAAACCCAGAACUGAAAUUAAACUUGGAAAAAUGAGAAACCAAGAGAAAUAAAAAAUAACAGAUCCACCCAUCCUUAGUCACAAAGGGGUCUAUGGCAGCCACACCACUUCAUUCCAGAGGGCAAUCACAGUAGCAACACAAUUUAUCUGGGAGUGUACGUGUAGGGUGAAAUCAUAUUUUCUGACGUACGAAGUACAGUGUUGGAAAACACUGAGAAUUAGAACCUUCAGGGAAGAGGUCUGCAGUCAGCAUACCAAACGGAGAACAAAUGCACAUUUUCUGUAAAAAAAAUCAAUCAUCUGGAAAAAGCCUGGCUUAGACCAAAGUCCUCUUUCUUUCUCUUCGGGCCUCAGCAAUCUAACAACUUGCAUGAAAUUUAGGGUGGUUGUAUCUUAUUUCACAGUUUCCUCUUUUGUGCUUCUUUCAUUGGAGUGUUUCCCCCCCCCUCUUUUUUCCUCCCUAGGAAUGGACUUGUUUAUGUUAUGAACCCUCACUUGGAUUUAAUGGAUGAAGAUAUCCUUUAUCACUUAGACUUAGGGACCAAAACGCACAAUCUGCCAGCCAUGUUUGGCGACACGAAGGUAAAAAAUAAAAAUAAUACAGCUGCAGCAUUUCUAAACAUCUUUCAUUCUUGCUGCUACUUCUCUUCCACGUCUUUUGCAGUUUCCUUUUAUCAUAGUGGCUUCCUAGUUCUAGCUACAGAGAAGACUUAAAGGUCCCACAGGAACAGAGUCAGUGCCAUUCUGCAAAGCAACUCAGAAAGUCCGCUGCAGCUACGGUUAUGGGCAAUUACCCUUUCCUUCUCAGUAAAAUAAGUAGACUGGGGAAACUAAACCUGCUUCUGGUAUGAUGAGCUAAAUUCUUCCCUGGGGUAGUUGCACAGACUCCAGUUCAGAAACAAUUCAUUGAGGAAUUUGGCUCGUCAUUUUAUCAUUUCAAAGUUCGUGCAAUUUAUUACGAGGAAGGGAAAGGGUGUUGCUGUAGCAGCUCAGCUGCAAAAGCUCUUAAGAGCUGUGCUUGAAAAAGAGCAACCUUUAUCAAGAAGUGCAUUUGCUCACAUGCAGAGUUCCUGCAAGCAAAACUCGGGGUUUAAUUCAGAAGUGAUGAAUUCACAAAUGAAGGGGAAGUGUUAGAACAAAGAAGGCUGCCUUCUGCCAAGUCCAAUAUCUGUCCAUCUAGCCCAGUAUUCUCUACACUGACUGCCAGCAGCUCUCCUGGGCCUCUGGUACACAAUAUUUUAUAACACAUGCUGCUUAAUUUUAUUUUUUAAUAGAGAUGCUGGGGAUUGAAUGUGGAACCUUCAUCAUGGGCAGCAAGUGCUCUUCGUCUAAGUUAUGGUUCUCUUUGCAUAUUGGUUGCUAUGAAAAUUAAAGGUGAACACUGCAAGGCUGCUCAUUAGCCAAAUUCUAAUUGGAAGUUUGCCCCUCAGAACUGACUGCCCCAGUAGUCGGGAGUGGGCAAAAAAUACAAAUAAUUCAUUCCAUUUAUCUUUGGAACUGUGAAGCCAAUGUUAAGCACUUUAAGUCCCGUUGAUUUCACCGGGAGAGUUAAAACAUGCUGAAAUGUUGUAUUUCACUUUGGCCACAGCAUGCCUUCAUUAGUUUCAGCUUUAACCAAAACACUGGCAUCAAACUGCAAAACUCUUUCUAACAUUUGGAGCAAAAUACAAAGCUGAAGUAACUCGGGAACCUUGUAACUAAGGAGGCGAACCUUUUCUUUAUUGGACAUGAUUCUCUGGGGUACCUACAGUGAGUUGCACUAAGCACUUGGGAUUCUUAAUACUGUGUAUGAUUAGUGUGCAUUUAUGAAUUAAGUCAUUUGUGAAUCAGGCAUUUAAUUUCUGAGCCCUGUGGAAAAGUUGGCUGUUACGUAUUGAUUCAUUGCCUUUUUCAGAUUCAGAAGUGGAUUUUAUUUCUAUUUUAUUUUAAAUGUGGUUCCGUAUUUUUGCUCGCAUUUGUAGUUCCUGGUGUUAUCUCUAUGAUUCUGUGCAAUUCUUGUCGUUUUAGUUGAUGCUGUUGAAUAAGCAAUUAGACCACACGCUAUUUCAGCAUCUGGUUCUACUUUGUUUUCAGAAGAAAUAAGUACUAACAGUUUAUAUUCACUGCCCACAUUAAAAGGACAGUCAGCCGGAUUUACUUUUAGCUGAAAGUUACGGUUGCUUCGUAUGAGGUAUUUGGCUGGGACGAGCCUCAAUUACAAAAUGUAUAUAUUAAACACCAGAUAGGAAAUACCAAGACAUGGGUUUUGGUGAUAAUUCUUGUGUGUCCCAUUCCCCCCCCUUUAUCCCUUUAAAAUACAGGAAAAAAUUCAUGGACACUAGACAUUUAUGGCAGACCCAGAUAUAUAAAAGUUUUUUAAAAAAUCUUACAUCUGCUUCUCCUCUCUCUUUCUGGUAACCAUCUGAUAGAACCAGAAACAUGACACAACGCCGUCAUUCCCAUGCUCACAUUUCAUUGGCUACCACUUGCAGAGGCAGGGAAAUGUGAAGGGUGAUAAUGUCAGGUCACACAUUUUGAUCUACUGGCUGCUCCUAGACAAAGAAGAGAAAGAGGAGGAGCUGAUACUGCUUUCAGUGUUGUAUUUCACUUUGGCCACAGCAUGCCUGAGUUUCAGCUUUAACCAAAACACUGGCACCAAAGAACCAUGCAUCUCAUAACAUCAUCCACCUCAUUUCAUGACAAAUAAAUAAGGACAGAGGAAACUGAACAACUUGUUCUGCUAAAAUAAAAUAUGCCGGCAUAUUUUAAAUCCGCAAGAUUUCCUGUGAUAACCGAGAUAAAACCCACUUCCAUUGUGCUCCUUGCAUGCAGUCUUGCAUAAAUGGGCCAGGCAGUCUACGUAUUUACCCUUCUUCUCCAGGCGUACCCCACUUUGGCUAUAAAAUCGUAUCUUAUCGCCAGCGCAUGCCAAGUCUCUGUUGUUGCUAUGGCUGAUAAUCUGAUGAUUUAUUUCCAGUUUGUCUGCGUGGGUGGGAGCCCCAACAGAAUGAAAGCUUUUGCUCAGUUCAUGCAUAAAGAACUUGGACUCGAAGGAGAUGGCAAAGACAUAAAAGAUAUUUGUGCCGGGACGGACCGAUACUGCAUGUACAAAGUCGGGCCGGUGCUCUCCAUCAGUGUAAGUAUGUUACAGGGCACCCAAAACACUUCCAUUAGCAGCACAGCAGUAACUGAUGACUUUAGCACAUUGUUCACAUCUCUUAUUUAAUAUUUAAUGUGGAUCUAGCAGUUGCGAAAGGCACUGCAAUGAAAGGCUUUAUAAUCAAGGGACUUCGCAAGAAGCCAAACUACAACUGCUACAGCAAGAGGAACAGCUCUUCAGGAAUCACCCUUAUUACACUUGCCCAGCCAGUGACUUAGCCUUGACUGGCAGGCAGCUCUUUGACGAGCAAGAGGCUCUUUCCGUCUUUAUGCUUUCCACUAUUUCUACCGGCUCUGCCAAGAACGCCUGAGGCCACAUCCUGUAAUCUCUGUACAUCCCUUGAGUGUUAAACCAGAAAUAUGGGAAGCUGAACAAAGUGGUUACCUUGAAAAUGCAGAGUCUCUGCUUCACAGGCUUGCAGAUCAGCUCCUAGUAUGUGGAUUGCACGGCCCACGCUGGUCCUUGAUUGGUCACUGUUUGCAGUAUGAAGGAGGAAUGGGGUGAAGUCGCAGGCACAUAUGUGAUGGCGGGGUUGGAUGAGCUCUAGAGCAGGGGAAGCCAACAAGGUCCCCUUCAGAUGUUAUUGGACCCCAUCAUUCCUGACUAUUUGCCAUGCCGGCUGAGGUGGACAGGAAAUAGUACAACAACGUUUGCAUGGUACCAUGUCGGCUAUCCCUGCACUAGAGAUUCAUGCAUGCUUCCUCAAAGCCAGUAAACGGAUAAGCCCUGAGAUGCAGGCAGAAAACCAGGAAUGAGCAAAAAUGGCCUCUCAAAAUUUUCCAUGCUAGUUGUGGGCAGCCAACUGUGCAUGUGUGUGGCGCGGGUAACCUAGGAAGGGGAGAGGUGAAAUUUUGGAGAGGAGGGACCUUUUCUAAGAAAUUUUGGUUCACUUAAUGUUGAAUGGAACUUGAUGAGCUAUAAGAAUGAGACUUGAAAAGGGUAUGGGCCCAAGCCUAUUGUUUUCUUUAGUAAUGUUAGGUAAAGGUAAAGGGACACCUGACCAUUAGGUCCAGUCAUGACCGACUCUGGGGUUGCGGCUCUCAUCUCGCUUUAUUGACCGAAGGAACCGGCGUACAGCUUCUGGGUCAUGUGGCCAGCAUGACUAAGCCGCUUCUGACAAACAAGAGCAGCGCACUGAAACACCGUUUACCUUCCCGCCGGAGUGGUACCUAUUUAUCUACUUGCACUUUGAUGUGUUUUCGAACUGCUAGGUUGGCAGGAGCAGGGACUGAGCAACGGGAGCACACCCUGUCACGGGGAUUCGAACCGCCGACCUUCGGAUCAGCAAGUCCUAGGCUCUGUGGUUUAACCCACAGCGCCACCUGCGUCCUCAGUAAUGUUAGUGUAGUAUUAAAUAUGAAAUGCUGUUUCACCCAGCAUUCAUGAAUAGAAGAACUGGGGCACCCAUUUCACUAAAUCUUCUGCAAGGAAAUUCUCCACUAGUUUAGUAGGAGCUCAAAGACAACAAAACAAAACCAAAUCUGCACAGGAGGAUUGGGGAGAAAGCCAGAACAGAUUUAGGAGAUGCCCAGGGUGGAGGGGCACCACUGUGAAUACAACCCCAAGGUUUAUAUUCAACUAAGUCUUACUCAGAAUAGACCCACUGAAAUCAACGAACUUGGGUUAGUCAAGUCUUUUAACUUCAGUGGGUCUACUCUCAGUAUGACUAGCAUGCUUAUUUACUAUAUGCUGGAUUAGUAAAUAAAGGCAUUUGUCACUGCCAUCAUACUACAUUUGCAGUGUAGGCAUGUAAACACUAGUCCCUAUGAAGCCUCCCAAAAUGCAAGGUAACCAUUUGUCCUUCCAAAUAAAAAUAUGCAGAAGUAGUUGUCUAAUCCCUUUAAAAGCUGUCUGAGGUGGUAGCAUUCAGCACAUCCUGUAAAAGCAAAUCCUAUAACUUUACUAUGUACUAUGUGAAGAAAUACUGUACCUCCUGUUGUCUGACCUGUAUUUUCCACCUCAGUUCACUGAAUCUAAUGCUAAUGUUAUUGGGGUGGCGGCGGGAUUCUCUCUAACCACUUUCCUCACACCACAACCCACUAUCAUAUCUGCCCUUAUUCACCAUUGUGUUCAGUGAGGUGUACUCUCUAGUAAAUGCGCUUAAAAUUUCAAUCAUCAUGUCCCCGUAAAAUAGGUCAGAAUCCAAGGCCUAGUAUUGUUAAACUGAGUCACCCAAAUUACCCGUUUCUUGAAAUUCUGGCAAAUUUCUCAUUUCUGAGUGGGUACGUUCCAUUUUAUAACUAAUUUAGCAGCAAUAUCUCUUUCAUUCCCUUCAGACACUUCUCGAGCAGUUAUUUCCAAUCCGAUCUUUCAGGCAUUCGAAAACGCUACAUGUUUUAAACUUUAAUAUGCUGAGUGAAAAAUUGCUGUGGCUUGUUCUUGCUGUUUCUAUAAAUUAUUUCCCUGUUCUUUGGAUACAUGGAAUGUAACAGAUGUACAGGCCUGCCUAGGAAAUUCCCUACCUACAUCUUUGCUAGACAAGUGAGACUUAAGAUUAAUAGGCUGGGAGCACAAAAUUCAGUUCCCAUGCAAGUCAAAGGGGAUGUUUUUGUUGUGGCAUUGAACAGAAGCUGGAUCAGUUUCAAUGACUAUGAUUUAUCCUACCCUUCUGUCUGAGUCAUGUUGUAUGUCUUGGGAUGCCACCGCAUACUGACUUUGAAAGGCCCUUGCGCUACCUUAUUAACAGAGGAAGCAGACAUUUUUGUUCAGGUCAGCAGUCUUUAAGGUGAAGUCUUAGGGUCACUUCCUGCGGAACGCAGGUGGUGGUGUUUGGAGGAAAACACUGUGCCAAGCAUGUACAUGCCCCGGGUUGCAAUCCGCAAGUGACUUGGGAUGUCAGAAGCUCGCAGUGAAACCAGCUUGAGAAUGUCACUGAAGUUAUGUACAAGUCAACCAGAUUUUAUAGCUCUGGGAAAUAUAGUUUACUGAUUUAGGCUAUGUACACAUGAGUGGCUGAAAAUGCAGCAAGGAUGCCCACCCACCCCAUGCUGUGUUUCAGGUUGCAUUUGCACUUGCUGUACACAUCGCAAGUGCAAAUGUACACGGUACGUUACCUGAUUUGUUUCUCUGUGCCAGUAACCCCCAGGUAAGCUGCCUGUGCAUGUGCUGCCAUCUGUGCAUGUGCAAUGGUUGUCUGAACUGUGCACACCUCAGCUUGCAUUUUCAAAUCAGAUGCAACCUGGUUUGAGGCGUGUUUCUCAAGAAUAUGCAGGAUACGUUAAGCUAACAGUGGUGGGAGUGCACUGGAGAGGAGAAAGCAGUAAUGCUUACGCAGGCAAUGUGUACACGCUUGCCUCCUGCACUCAUUUAGAUGUGCAGUAGCUCCUACUGGCACCUAUUGUAACAGAGGUGGGGAGCCUCCCCCUGCCUGCAGAUGCUGAUGAUGAACUACAACACCCAUCAUUCCUGACCUCUUGCCAUGCUGGCUGGGGUUGGUGGGGUCCAUAUUCCCCACUCUUGCACUGCAAAACUCUCUGUCAUCUACUCUGCACAUGCCACACUUCAGCUUUUUCCUAAGGAACAGCCUUUGAACCAGAGCUGAGGGGAAGGAAAAGCUGCUGGACUCAGGAGAGCUUCAGUUGCAACUGAGUGGCCGAACAAAUCACAGUGUCCCAAGAACAGAAGCAGCACAAAAGUGUGUGCAGGUGGGCAAGGGAAUGGUAAAAGCAAGGCUCCCAGAAAGCUUCUUUGACACCCUGGUUUUUUGUGAGUGCAGGAUUGCACCAUUAAGACUGAGCUGGCAGGCAGGCAGGCAGGCAGGCAGGCAGGCAGGCAGGCAGGCAGGCAGAUCCUGGUUUAAAUCUUGCCUUAGGCUCAUGUUAUGACUUUCCACAAUCCACUUUGCUUUCCAUGUCAGCUCCCCAUCUGCAAUAUUGGGGAAAUAAUACUGACCUACCUUGCAGGGACUCUUGAGAGUCCCAUGGACUGCAAGAAGAUCAAACCUAUCCAUUCUUAAGGAAAUUAGCCCUGAAUGCUCACUGGAAGGACAGAUCAUGAAGCUGAGGCUCCAAUACUUUGGCCACCUCAUGAGAAGAGAAGACUCCUGAUGUUGGGAAAGAUGGAGGGCACAAGGAGAAGGGGACAACAGAGGACGAGAUGGUUGGACAGUGUUCUCGAAGCUGAGUUUGACCAAACUGCAGGAGGCAGUGGAAGACAGGAAUGCCUGGCGUGCUCUGGUCCAUGGGGUCACGAAGCGUUGGACACGACUAAACGACUAAACAACAACAACACCUUGCAGGGUUGUUGCAAAAACUAUUAAAUAUUAAAUGGGAAAUGUGCUGAACAUUUUAAUCUAUGCACACACACUCUCUCUUAAUUAUUGGUUGUAAUCUAAGCAAGGUUACUAUGUUUACAUGAGGAGAUCUGUCCCACUGAAAGAUACAAUUAUGCAGAACCCUUACAAAACGAUUAAUUUGCAGCAGAGCAACUCAGUGGUAAGGCAACUGUUUUGCAUGCAGAGGGUCCCAGGUUCUGUCACUGGCAUCUCCGCAUCAGGCUGAAAAAGCGUCGGUUUCAAAAUUGUGGGGAGCCACUGCCUGUCAGUGUAGAUAAUGCUAAGCUAGACAGACCAGCAGACUGAAUCAGUACAAGGCAGCUUCCUAUCUUCCUAUGAUGAUGGGACAAAAAGAGCCAGAGCUUUUGAUGGAUUUGCAAGCGAACUUCAGAUUUGCACCAUGUUAAUUUGAAUUAAGACUGAUGGGAUACAUCCAUACGAUACAAAUUCUAAGUUGUGCAGUGUUGCUGUUUGAUGGUUUGAAAAAGCACUAUGUGAUUUAGUUUAUAAAACCAAAAACUGUCAGAAUCAGCACAUUUCAGAGCCAAUGCAAAGUGACAUUCGAGUGCAGUGCAGAAUCCGCUUGUAAGCAAACAUGAAACAUUUAAGGCCCAUCCAAACAAACAUAAACACAUUUCAGUAAUGUUUCAGUAAUGUGAGAAUUGUGUUUAGCUCUGAAAAUGAGACUUCAAUGUGCCUUACUUUGGUUAGAUUUUGCCUCCAGUCCCCCCCCCCCCAUUUCUUUUAGAAAUAAGAUAACCCUGUGUGGUUAUUACUCCUGUUUCAGUGUCUAGUUAAUGGAAUGUAUUGGAAAGCUAUAUUUAGUUAUUGCAGUGUUUUGCACUCACAAGUCAUAUUGGGUUAUAUCCAAUUUUGAUGCAGCAGGAAGAAUCUACUGUGGAAGUGGGGGCGGAAAAGCAGUUUGUGUCCAUUCCUCCUCUUCCCUACAGACCCCAGUGCUCCCCCAAAAUCUCACCACCACCUUGGGAGUGCUGGGAACUACAGAAGGAAAGGGAGCUGGCAAAAAUUGCUUCCCUUUGUUUGUUAGCAGAUGACUCCCACAGGAUCACCAGCGCUACAACACUGAGGACACUCAGGACACUGAGGUCCAGCGCCAAGGGCCUUCUGGCGGUUCCCUCAUUGAGAGAAGUGAGGUUACAGGGAACCAGAGAGAGGGCCUUCUCAGUAGUGGCGCCCGCCCUGUGGAACGCCCUUUAAAGGACAUCUGAAGGCAGCCCUGUUUAGGGAAGUUUUUAAUAUUUAAAGCUGUAUUGCUUUUAACACUCGAUUGGAAGCCGCCCAGAGUGGCUGGGGAAACUCAGCCAGAUGGGCGGGGUAUAAAUAAUAUAUUAUUAUUAUUAUUAUUAUUAGAAUGGCCAACUGGAUACUAGCCAUUGCUGUCAAUGGGGGAUAGCAAAGUUAAAUGCCCUUUCCCUUGGCUGGAUCACUCCCCACAUAUCCAUUGGCAUAGGCUUCUAUUGUGCACCAGUACGUUUAUGUUUAAGGUUAUUAUUUUGAUUUUUUAAAAAUCAGUUUGGCUUAGAAUGUAUAAAGUUAUAUUGCUUCUCUUUUUUUCCUUAACAGCAUGGGAUGGGUGUUCCAUCCAUUUCUAUCAUGCUUCAUGAGCUAAUCAAAUUGCUACACCAUGCAAAAUGCCGUGAUGUUACCAUUAUACGCAUCGGUACUUCAGGGGGAUUAGGUGAGCAAAGAAUUUUGCUGCUACCAGGCGCAGGAGAUGGAAAUGAAAUACAUCUCAAGAAAAGGUCAUGUCUUUAUGAGAUUUUUGUACUUAAAAAAAAAAUCAACUCAACAAAUAUCAACCUGCUAAGAUAUAUGAAAGAUCACAAAUAUGUAUUUUUCUAAUGUAGCAUCAGCUUGAAAACACAGGACUUGAUGUUCUUUUUAAAGUCAUUUGGAUUUGAUUUCCCCCUAACUGACCCAAAUACCAACACAUAUGAGUGACUGAUAAAAACACACACACACCAUGUUAUCCAUAUUGUGAAAAUGCUUUGUUCCAAUGACCAAAAAACUGUUCUCCAAAAUUUAGACUACUGCUUUUUUAAAAUAAGGAUUUUCCAUAGAAUUAAGAGGCAAAUACUUUAAGAAUCUUAAUGAGGAAAGAAAGUCUUGUUGCAAACACCGAAUGAUAAGCUCCCUCUUGAAAUGGGUUUGUACAGUGAACAUAGCUGACCGGACAAUUCAGUCCAGGUACAAAGUAACUGACAGUCCUUUCAGUCCUGAAAGUUAUCUGAAUGAGAUCCAGAAUUAUAUGUCACUUUUAAAGACCUGAUAGAUGACAAUCACUGUCAUGGCCCUGAAUGCCCUAUAUACGCUUGAUAACUGGGAUGGUACACAUGAGUAACAUUUUGAGUACUCAUUUUGAGUAAAUGGCUGUGUGUACACCAUACAUUUAAAGCACACACACAAACACCCAGCAAAGAAUCCUUGGAACUAUAGUUUGUUAAGGAUGUGAGGCAGCAACAAACUACAGUUCUCAGAAUUCUUUGAGCAGAAGCAAGGGGAAACAAGUAGUAUAAAAGGUAAAGGGACCCCUGACCAUUAGGUCCAGUCGUGACCGACUCUGGGGUUGUGGCGUUCAUCUCGCUUUAUUGGCCGAGGGAGCCGGCGUACAGCUUCCGGGUCAUGUGGCCAGCAUGACUAAGCUGCUUCUGGCGAACCAGAGCAGCGCACAGAAACGCGGUUUAUCUUCCCGCCGGAGCGGUACCUAUUUAUCUACUUGCAAUUUGACGUGCUUUCAAACUGCUAGGUUGGCAGGAGCAGGGACCGAGCAACGGGAGCUCAUCCUGUUGCGGGGAUUCGAACCACCAACCUUCUGAUCAGCAAGUCCUAGGCUCUGUGGUUUAACCCACAGCGCCACCCGCGUCCCUUAACAAGUAGUAUAGGUGUGUUUUAAGUGUAAGGUGUGGAUGUAUCCAAUUCCACCUCUAUGAAAAUUCAAUCACUUCCCUCCCACAUGGCAUGUAACCUCCUGCCAGUCUAUUUCUUGCAUAAACUGAGCUGACUAGCCAAAUGUUUUGUUAUGUUCAUGAUCACCGAGAUCAAGCUUCCUAUAAUGUAUAAUUGUGGGCUUAUUUAAUGCAGUCUUUUAACUUUAUCCCCAUUUCUGUUUUCAGGGAUUGAGCCUGGCUCUGUUGUAAUAACAGACACGGCUGUUGAUUCAUUUUUUAAGCCGCAGUUUGAGCAGGUGAUAUUGGACAAUGUGGUAACGCGAAGCACGGAACUUGAUCGAGACCUUGCUGAGGAACUACUUGAAUGUAGCAGACAGAUUAAGGAUUUCCCAUCCCUCAUUGGCCAUACAAUGUGCACUGAUGAUUUUUAUGAGGGUGAGUGGGAACUGCUUUAUACAUUAUAAAGGUCAUGACACAGCUUUGCCAGGUUUUGUCUGGUGCUGUCUACGGGCUUACAGUUAGUUUUAUCCUUGUGUCUUUUAGAUAACUUAAAGAGCAACUCCAUACAUGAUUACUCAGAAGUAAGUACCAUUGCACCCAAUGGGACUUACUUCUAGGAUAAGAUAAGAGCCUUAAAUGUUGUAAAACAAACAGAAAUGAACAACAGUGCAGUCCUAAAGACAUUUAGGACAGAAGCAAUUCUCACUGAAUUCAACAGUUUUUCAACUGUUUUUAUAGAAUAUUUCUUGAAAGAAUUGUUUUGAAGGAAAAUGAGGCAACAGUUAUCUUUAAUUCUUCCAUGGUUACUUAUUAUUUUAGAUGUGUGGUGAAAUCGAAUUCAACCACGAACAUUUAUCAGAUAAAUAAAUGAAUAUUUAAUUUUUCGCCAUAUCUGGAAGUAGCUGUUUGAACAAGUGCCCACAGACUGUAUAUUUUUUGGUUACUACAUAAUGUGGAGUCUCAUCUGCAAGUGAAAAGAGAUCUAAAGGGAAAGUAUUAUAUAGUUGUUAAAAGGAGUUUAAGGUGGCGUACAUGGCUCUCUCCAUCCUCACUUAAUCUUCAUUAACAACCCUGUGAGAUAGGUUAGGCUGAGAGGCAGGGACUGGCCCAAGGUCACCCAAUGGGCUUCAUGGAUGAGUGGAAAAUUGAAUUCUGGUCUCCCAAUUCCUAGACCGACACUCUGACCGCUACACCACAGUGGGUCUAAAGUGCCAAGCAUAUUAGAAUCAAGUUUAUAAGUUUUCAGUAAUGUAACAUACUUUCCAAACAAUAGCCUGGUUCUCAUUUCACAUUAAACCAUGGUCCACUGGCUGCCCACCAUGGACAAAAUAAGCCAGAGUCUGGCUUGUUGAGUCAUCCAAACCUGGCCUUGUUUGCUUUGCCCCAAGCAACCCAACAAGCAAUAACCAAGGUCUGUUCUUGGCUCGUCGUUCAUAGUUAGUUUGGGGAAAACGGCAAGCCAACCCCCUUAAAGAAAAUCAGCUGAGGCCUUUCAGCAUGUGUCUCCCCACCAUCAGGGGUGAUGCUGAUAUCCAUAGGGCAGAGGUCUUUUCAGCUGUGGCCUCCCAAAGGAAGCUCACAUGACAAUGACACUCCCCAUCCCCCUGUAGACACUGGGGGGGGCCCUCUUGUUUUUUAUAUGGUAAAAUUUUUGGCGGCGGCUGCUUUUUUUUCUGUUGUUUUACAUUGUGGUUUUCUCAUAACGUAUUUUCUUUUUCUUAAUCUUUAUGUUUUUAAAUCUCUCUCUCACCACACACACACCAUGACAGUGAAUCCAACUUCCCAUUUCUUCCUUAGAAAAAUCUAAGGUUCCCUUGAUAACAAUUGCCCAUCCAUCCCUCAUCCUCAACAACUUGUACAAAUUCAUUGUCAUUCUGUAAGAAACGACCAUAUCGUAUUAAACAGUUAAAGUAAAAUAGUCCCUUGUCAAUAAUCAUAACAUCAUGUUAGCAGCUGGAUUACACUCUAGUUACUUCCUGUGACAGGAUUAUAGCUUCCAAAAUUACUUUACGGAAGAAAAAUGUCAAGAAGUGUGGCAUUUAUGUAAAUAACCAUUAGCGCCUCUGUACUACCUUAGAACCUUUUCUUUGGAGGCAAUUAAAUGCUGUUUGCAAAGUGGAUGAAACAGAAUAAAUGGAGAAUUAAUAAUCUGAGGCCUAUUUAUAAACUGUUGGAUCUGUUUGCAAGCACAGCCAUCUGUGGUUUUGCUCAAGGCCACAUUUUAUCAAAGCCAUUUCAGAGGAUUAAUGCAGAAAUGAAAACACAAUGAAAUGGUUUGCCCAGGUUUAGUACAAGAUGAAGGUAUGUGCUUGGCAUAUUCAAAAAUAUUACUUACAAUUAAAAUAAGCACAGCUUAUUAUGCUUCUCAUUAACAAGUAGCCUAACUAGAUAGUGUGCUGUUGGUGGGAUCGCCAAUCACAGAGUCUGUUAUAAACAUUAAAUGGCAGGUGGUGGGGGGAGGGGACAUUAUUGUUGGUGGCACCAGAAGGUAGGCUUAUGUGAAAAAUCACCUGCCCACAUAGAAAUUAGCAAUUGGGGGGGGGGCAGAAUCUCCCACAACAUGGCUGCUAAGAAAGCCACUACUGCAUUGUGUAGCCAGGCUCUUAGAUUCCAGCUUCUACUUAAAACAAUAAUUGGCAAUGCAAUCUUAUGGAUAGCUACACAGAACUAAGACCUACUGAGUUCCAUGGGGCAUACUCCCAAGAAAAUGUGUAGAGUACAAAUGAGGCAAUUGUCGUGCUAUUACAAUACUUCCAUUAAACUUGACCCUACUGGCCAUGCUGGCUGGGUCUGACAGGAGCUGAGGUCCAAAAACAUCUGGAGGGCCACAAAUUCCAAAUUCCUCGCAUAUAGGAAUGAAGCAGAAUGAGAUCCCUUGCACUAUACUUCAUUUUUAUGAGGAACUAAGAUUGGGUGACACUAAUUAAAGAAACUACUUCCCAGAGCAUUAAAUAAUACUUCUUUCCAUACAUAUGUAAAUAUUUUAUACUAUUUGAGCUUAAAACUUUGCAUUUCAAUACAGAUGUUCCCACCUUCCCUACACUAUAGCUUGGUGUUGUAUUUUCCUCACUACAUGAUUAAAAAGCAGCAGGAGAUUGGGGCAUAUAAUGCAAGGGCACGCAGUGCACCACCUCCUGGCUCAAUAAGUGUGAAAAUACAUGCUGCUCCAGUUAGGAACGUUAAAAGUCGUGAUGGCGAACAUUACCAAAUUAAACCACCUGCUAGCCAGUACAUACUAGCUAAGUGGCACAUACCUCUCAGAUCAGGUGGGUGGCAAUACAACCACCCAAUUUCUGCCUCCCCCACCCGUGAAAUGUCAGCCAAUAAACAGUUCACUGCCUUAAAGCAGAACAGUGGUAAAACAAAUAGAGAUUGUGUUUUGUGGGCUCCCCAGCAUUGUCCUUCCUCAUGUCUGAGGUUCUUGCAGCAGAAAGUCCAAAUUUGCCACUAUGGGUUGCAUCCUACACUGCGAAAACGAGCUCCACUCAGACAGCGGGACUCCCCCUUCUCUCCCUGCAUGCCCCUAAAAUUUGCUCUGGAGGGUCCCCUAUCCCUCUGGUGUAGAUUUUGAGGGUGUCCAGGGGAGAGGAGAGGGAAGCUCCCGUUCACAAGCGGAAGUCUGUUGCAUGAGUGGAACGACAGCGUUGGAUACAACGCUAUUGUCUUCUAGUGUACUGGUGCUACUGUUGUUUCAUUACUGUUUUGUGCUGCUUUCCUCUGCACGGGAUAACAGAGCGCAUUAUCCUUAAUUUAUUGAAUCUUCGCCAUACUAAUACAAUGUUUUCAGACUCCGCAUUUUUAUAUGCCUCUUUGCGCUGUUUUGUUGGAAUGUUAAAAAAUACAUGGCAGAUAAGGCAUUAAUAUUUCAACACGCACGCUAUUAAAAUAAAAAAUUCCUGAGGUUUUCGUUUAUGCAGAACGUUGGCAAAUUGGGUUUUCUGAAGAAAGCAUUCUUUGAGACUGCAAGUCAACUCUGCCAACACAUGGAAGUAUAAAAUACUUACAUUUCCUUUUCUUUCCUUCUAAGGUCAGGGACGAUUAGAUGGAGCGUUGUGUUCCUUCUCCCGUGAAAAAAAGCUGGAGUACUUAAAAAGAGCUUACAAUGCUGGAGUUAGAAACAUAGAAAUGGAGUCUACUGUAUUUGCUGCUAUGUGCAGGCUUUGUGGCCUUAAAGGUAAGACAGAGGGUAGAUCUGGCUUUAAAUUUGUUUCCCUCCUCUGCUGAUGCUUCCUCCUUGCAACCCUCUUCUCUGACAAGCACAAAGUGCUUUUCACUGCACUGUGACUGUCCACCAUCUUUAGCUAAAGUGAAUAAUUAAGGCCCUGUCUUCACUGACACAGUAUACUUGUGUCUGAUUGAGGGAUGGAAGCAUCGGUCAUUUUGAGUUCUCUCCGUUUCUCAUUUUCUAAUCUUAAAUUCAGUUCUCCACAUUUUGCACCAAUUUGCAAUUAAAAAAAAAAAAACUCAAGAAAAGUCACCAGCAUAAUAAACACAUUUUUGUGUAUGCAGUUUUGGCUGACAUACACAUUUCUGCAAGCAAUUUUCCUACACAGAAAUAUCUUCACUAGUAUCUUCCUUAUCAUGCACCCUUCCCAAUAAUAUAUGAAACGUUUGUAAACAUUUUAUAGAGAACCGCAUCACAGAACUUGGAAUAACAGGAUGGCUGUGUUUCUGUGUGCAUAUUAUUUCAGAAAACACAAAUUUGAUAGAUUUGACUUGGAAUGUGUACUAAAGUGAAUUUCUUUGCCAUACGACAUCUGAAUGGUACUAUUUCUUACUGAAAAUGGAGCUUCAUAUGACUGAAUGCUCCUUCUCUUCCCCCCUCAAAAAAUUAUCUGUUCACAAGAACACAAUUUUGUUCUUAUUUUAUUGUCAGGGAGAAAAUCAGGCUAGAAUCGCUGCCCUCAAGCUCUUAGCACCCUCAGGCAGCUGUUGAGACCUCAGUUCAAAUAAGCAGCUGCAUCACAGCAACUGAACUCAUAAAUCCUCUUCCCUUUUCUAGAAUCUGAUCCAUAGAUCCAAGGACUAAUACUACCCAAAUACUGAGAAUUUAUUCAAAACCAUCAUUUCCCCAAAGGGAAAGUCUGGUCCUGGCUAUUCAGAUUUUAUAAAUCGAUUAUAUGAGAUUGAUUGGGAUGCAUUGUACCCAAGGGGGAGUGGAUUAAUGAUGUUAGAAAAACCAAAACAUUUCAAGCCAACUUGUGAAAAUUUUCUAAGACUUUCAUGUCAGUGUGUGUGUGUGUUGUUUCAUUUUAUAGUGGCUGCAAAGGUCACUGAGUUCCUGCUGACAUUCUGGGGGUUGCAUUCACUGUUUUUAUUCAAGCUAUUUUUAAAAGCUGAAGAUAUAAAGAUCCACUGGUCAGAGCUUACAUUUGAACUACUAACAAGAGAAUUUCAGGAAGAAUUUCUUUGUGCUAUGCAUUCCCUUCCAUACCUCUCUUGGAGGCAGAACCCUUAUUGGAUUUUUAUUAUGGGGUUUUCUUAUGUAUUAGGGCAACCGAGGAAAAUAGGUUUAUAAUCGUUUACAGGUCACAUUGAUGACCUCUAUCAAUUAUAACUGAACUGCAGCUAUGAAGCCUGCCAGUUUCUGUAAGAGUAGUGGCAUGGUAAGGAAUGCCAAAUAAGGGUGCAGUUUUUGCAUUACAGUCAAUAGCUAGGGUGGCAAUGUGUGCAACUUUGCAGAGGACCAUCUUCUAUUUGAAGGAUUUAAUUUAAAGAUGAACAGAAAUAAGAAGGGAGAGCAGGGACCUCGGUGCUACCUGUUAUCAGUUAGCAAACUUGGACUGCAGAACAGUAUUAAAUUUUGUUAAUUAGUUCUAAAUUUCCAUUGAUGACAUAAAUUAUCAUAGGCAAAUCUGUCUUUUUUUAAAAAAAUGCAUCCCCUCCCCCAGUUCCACUGAUUUUCCACAGUACCUCCCCUCACCAAGAAAAACAGCACCUUAUGGGAGCAACUUUUACCUACCCUCACCGAUUUAUUUCAGUGUGCUUAAGAACUGGAAGGUCCAAUCUCAGAGAGAGAGAUGAAUGCUCCAUCAAUAACUAAGUUUGCCUUGAAGAUUUUUUUUAAAAAUCAUUUGACAAUAAUGUUUGAAAAGCCCAAAUGGUUAAACCCUCUUUCCUGUUGGUCCUCCACUCAUUUUCCCAGAAGUAAAAAAAUGCCUUAUGCUUGGAAAGGAGUUAAUGGGUACUGGAAAGCCCCUUUCACACAUGAGAGGAUCUCAUUGGUUUCUGCAAGGAAAUAUAGUCAAUGGUUCCCAGCUGAGAAAUGAUGCUCUGCGCAGCAUUUGCAGUGCAUGGGCAUAGAAAGGAUUUUUUUUUGGGGGGGGGAGGCCUUUUGUUAAGGAGGGGCAGAACCUCAGUCAGCUAUGUAUUUUUAUUGAUGGAGGGGCAACUGACCCUCACUGCGCCCCCUCUUGGUGAUGCCCAUGGCCACAUGGAGCCACUUGUCUGUAAAAGAGACCUUUGUUGCCAACUGUUACCCGCUCCCCCUUUCUCAAGUUAAAGCUUUUCCUUUUCCUUCUGGGAGAUGUAGGGGAGGCUAGUAACAAAGACAGGUUGGUUGUAAAUAAACGGGCUGCAAACAAAUAAAAUUAGAUUCCAGUCACAAUCUCUGGGAAGAUUGCGUUUGGUCUAUGUAUCGGAUAUAAAAAAACAAGCCUGAAUCUCUAGUUUUCCCUUCUCCUGUUCACCUGGCUUCUAGCUGCAGUCGUCUGUGUGACUCUGCUUAAUCGGCUUGAAGGAGACCAAAUCACAGCACCUCACGAAGUUCUUCUGGAUUACCAGCAGCGACCUCAGCAGCUGAUUUCAUUGUUCAUCAGAAAAUGCCUUGGAUUAUGGAACCCUAAUGGAUUAUCAGAAGAUGUCAUCUAGAACAGAUGCGAAAUGGGAUAUUCUCUCUCUCUCUCUCUCUCUCUCUCUGAGUCUCUCUCACACAGAUUGUCUUUUAAGUCUCAAUGUCUAGACCAGCCUGCUGCCCUCCAUAUAUUGUUGAACUACAACUCCCAUCAUUCCCUGGCCAUGCUGGCUGGAACUGAUAGGAGUCCAAGAAUAUUUGGAGGGCCACAAGUCAGUCUUCUCUGCUAUAAUCUACUGACAAGCCUUCAAUCCAAAAGUCAUCAGGAAGUACCUUUUCAUUGCACAAAUAUCUGAACGGAGCUCUCUCAUGCCAUGCAUCUGGCAAUGCUUUGCCCAUGGGUGUCAGCUAAAGCAGCCAGUGAAAGGUAUCUUUAGUUAUCAUUAAGGGCUGUUUAUAAUAGCGAGCCAAGCUAACUCUUGUACCUCAGAGAUUACUUCCCAGUUGGCUCAAAAGCGAAUCUACUGCUCUUGCAUGUUACUGUUGUUCAGCACACCUGUGAAGAAAGGCUAGAAUAUUAUCCUACAACACAGUGGGGUAACAUUUCAUUUUAGACAUCUGUCAGAAAUUGAUCAAACAGCCUGGAAAUGUUUAGACAGAAUAUGUCAAUGUAUAGCAGCUCCACAGCAGCACAGAAAAAUGUUCCUGGUUGAUUAUACUGUGAUCCUAGCUGAAUAUGUAGCACUUUAAUGUUGAUUUCUACCUGAGCGUUUCAGUAAAUACCAGGUGAUGAGCUGCAUGAUGACAGAGGAACCCAAAAAAUGGAAGGGAAAGGAGGAAUUACAAAUUCAGAAAAUAUGAUCAGAAAUUACUACCGACAAGUACUGUAUUCAUAUUUGCUUGCUUUUCUGAACUCACAUGACGAAUUGUCUUUUUCUAAAUGUAAAAAGUGUACCUUGUGCCGGCUUAGGAGUCCAAUUCUUUCCAUAACCUAUUUGCUUUUUAAACUGCUGUGUGCAAUUGCAUUUGAGACUGUGCUGCUUUGUAAUAAGCUUAAGUUAUUUAUAUACUUCAUUGUUUAAUAUAUCACAUUACAUCUGUUUAACACUUCUGCAAAAUUGGUUAAUAAAGACUUUAAAAGAGAAAGAGGAAAGACUGUUGGGGGUGGGGAGUGAUCAUUUAUCUAAUAAAUAUUCAUGAAAUCUU